AUGGCAAUUGCUAUGAAUGACAAAUUUGACAAAUAUUGGCAGCAGUCCAACAUUGCUCUAGCUAUAGCCUGUUUUCUUGAACCUAGGUAUAAGAAAAGGCUGAUAGAGUACUACAUGAAGAAGUUCUAUGGUGAUCAUUAUCAAGUUGAACUUGAUGAGUUUGUUACUGUCGUAAAGAAAUUGUACAACUUUUAUGUUAAUUCUGCUCCUACAUCAUCAAAGAAAAUUAGUAAAGGGGCUGCACCUAGACCUAGUAACACAGCUGAUAUAUUAAUGGGAAAUGUAGACCAUGACCUAGAAGAAUUCUUAUAUGAUGCAAGUGAACCUGCUAUGGUUGAGUCAAAUGAGUUGGAGAGGUAUAUUGCAGAACCACUUCUGAAAAUUGUUGAUUCUAAAAUGGUUGGAUCAAUUGUGAGUGAUCUUGAGGUUGAGGCUUUGGCUAAUGUUGUGGCUAAACUGAAAAUUGAGGAAAAGGACAAGGAGGGGGAUGAGGAAGCAAAAGACAUGAAAAGUGAUCCUGACCUCAUAGAUGAUGCUAAUGAACUAUAG